CCCACACCCACUUAUUAUCACCAAGCUUGUAUAUCCUAUCCCCUAGCUAGUGAUAUUUCACUUAGAGAGAUAAUGGAUGGCUCCUCGGAAAAUCUUAGGAACAAAUGUGCAGCAUGUUUUAGGCAAUACAACAAGAUGGAGCACUUAGUAGAACACAUGAGAGUCUCAUUCCACUCAUCCCAUGAGCCCAAGUGUGGGGUAUGCCAAAAACAUUGUAGAUCAUUUGAGUCACUCAGAGAACAUCUCAUAGGACCACUUCCGAAGGUCGACUGUGCGAGGAUUUUCGGCAUUCGCGGGUGCAACUUGUGCUUGAACAUCUUCGACAGCUCGAGCGCCCUUCGCGCUCAUCGCACUGCAUGCCAAUAUUCCCGCACUUCAGUAAAUUCGGGUUUCAUCUCUCGAAUGUCGAGGAUGAGUUUGCAGAGCUCGACGGACAAUUACGGGCGCACGCAAGGCUUGCAGGUGGUCGCUUUGGCCUGCAAAAUGGUCGGCGGGGGAAGCGACGGCUCGUUAGACCUCUGCGCGCGAGUUUGCCUCGUCGGAGAAGACGAGAGCAUCGUCUUCCACACUUAUAUCAAGCCUCAAAUCCCAGUCACGAACUAUAGGUAAA